AUGUUCCGGAGCCUGCUGGUGGCGGCGGCGCAGCGGCCGCAGGGCCCGGCCGGGCCCCCCCGCGCCGCCCCCGGGCCCGGCGCCGCGGCCGAGGCGCUGGAGGCGCAGUUCAGCUGCCCCAUCUGCCUCGAGGUUUUCCACCGCGCCGUCGGCAUCGCGGGCUGCGGCCACACGUUCUGUGGGGAAUGCCUGCAGCCCUGCCUGCAGGUGCCCUCCCCGCUGUGCCCGCUCUGCCGAGUGCCGUUCGACCCCAAGAAGGUGGAGAAGGCUUCCAGCGUGGAGAAACAGCUCUCGUCCUACAAGGCUCCCUGCAGAGGCUGCAGCAAGAAGGUGACCCUGGCCAAGAUGCGCUCGCACGUCUCGUCCUGCGCCAAGGUGCAGGAGCAGAUGGCCAACUGCCCCAAGUUUGUUCCAGUGGUCCCCACGUCCCAGCCUAUUCCCAGCAACAUUCCCAACCGCUCCACGUUCGUGUGUCCGUACUGCGGGGCAAGGAACCUGGACCAGCAGGAGCUGGUGAAGCACUGCAUGGAGAACCACAGGAAUGACCCCAACAAAGUGGUGUGCCCGGUGUGCUCGGCCAUGCCCUGGGGGGAUCCCAGCUACAAGAGUGCCAACUUCCUGCAGCACCUGCUGCACAGGCACAAGUUCUCCUACGACACCUUCGUGGAUUACAACAUCGACGAGGAGGCAGCGUUGCAGGCAGCCCUGGCUCUGUCCCUCUCUGAGAACUGAGGCUGAUCCCUCUCCCUGCCCUGGCUCCUUCUGGACACUCCAGGAACCCUCUCUGUUCCCACUGCAAUUCCCACCUUGUUGAAGAAGGUGGAGCCUCUCCAGCUGUCCCAGUGAGUGAGCAGAGAGCUGUGGAGCGGGGCUGGGAUCACUCCUUGGAUUGUGUUUAAUAUCCCUGUUGGGAGCUUAGCCCUGUGUCCAGCUCUAUUUAUUGCUAGAUGCUUUUUGGCACACUGGUCCCUGCUCUCUGGUGCAGCAGAACAGGUACUGGAACUGAUGGAUUGGAUGCCUAACACCCUCCCUUGGGACUGCAAUCAGCCACAUCCUCUCAAAAAGGAGGAAGGCAGCACAGAGCUUCUUUUUUUAAACUCUCCAAGGAUUUUUCUAGAGAUGUCAGGCUGUCCUGACCCCCCUGCUGGAGGCUGCAGCUGCCUCCUUCAGCUGAAUCCCAGGAUGGGACUGAGGAGUGGUUCAGAGGAGGCCUGGAGGAGGCAUCCAGGGAAUCCUCCCCUUCCUCGUUUUGUACCGGCUCUUGGGACACCAAAUCCUUGCCUUUUUCUACACAAAGCAGUGAAGCCUUUUCCACGUUUUCUAGAGCGGGCUCAGAAGCUGCUCCCCUUCACUCUGCAAUAUCUGCCACCCAGGACAAGAGUAUUUUUAUGGAACAUUAUCAAGAAAGUUUAUUUUUUACACAGAUAACCCAAGCAAACGAGCACGUGGAUUGAGAAUGGGGCAGGAGCUGGAUCCUGGAGCAGGUCAGACUCUGAGGUAGGGGGAGGUGCAGGGAUCUUUCUGGAACAUCCCUGCAUAUUUCUGGGAGAUCCCUGGAUAUUUCUGGGCCUUUCCCUUCCCUCAGCAGAAUCCUCUGCCUGUGAGGGAGCAGGCAGGAUGCUUGGGUUGGAUGCCCAUGGAAUGGCUGUCCCUGCAGGAUCCCAGCUCCGAGCUGCUGAUCCCCCCAGAAAUCAGGGACUGCAUUUCCCUGUGGGAAUCCCUCCCUGGGAGUGGGGCACUGUUCAUCCAAGGUGCUCCAUCCAUCCACAGCGUCCUGGAGCCCCCUGCCCCUCAGCCCUGCUGCUGCUGCUGCUGCUGGGCUUGGCUCUGGAGGGCUGGCAGGGAGAUGGCACCAGCCACGGGGUGGUUCCUGAGAGCCUUCCUGCAGGGAAGGGCUGGGAGAGGCCCCCUCUGCUCGAGGAAUUCCUGAGCUUUAUCCAAAACCUGGCUCCAGCUCUGCUCUAGCAAUACUGCCUUGGGGUUUGUUCUGGUUUUCAUAGUGCUGGAUGAUUUUGGGACCUGCAGCCCUGUGAGGAGCCCUGAGCUCCCCUGGCAGGGCAGGGAAAGGGAUGGGACCUUCUCUGAGCUGCCCAGCAGUGCUGGGGGAUGUUCCUGUGGGAUGGAGAGCACUGCAAUCUUCCUUCCAGGAGGGACCCAGGAGCGUUUCCCUGUGCUGUGCUCAGCUCUCGUGGAGCAGCCUCCAUGAGAGAUCCAGCUCUGUUAACCUCGGGCUCCUUCCCUCUCUCCUCCUUUUCCUCCUCCUUUUUGCCCCACAGAGACAGAGCAGGGGCAGCAAGAGCUGCUUUUGUAAAGCACUUUAAGGCCCUGGGUGUGAGGGGCCACACCAGGCUGUGCCAGGGGUCCCCUCUGUGCCAGGGGUCCAUGGAUACCCCACUGGCCGUGCCCACCAGUGCAUCACCCGCCACUUUUUUGCAUAAUUAGAACUUUUAACGAGCCGUCCUGUUUUUUGAAAAGGAAUUAACUCGAUGACGUAUUUGUAGCAAACCAUUUUUCUCAAUAAAGGCAG